GCAUUCAUGAAAGCAAAAAUGACCCAUGAAUUGAGUUCUGGGGAGUAUGAAGUUGUGAACUGAUGGGAGGGGGAAUUCCUGCCCAACCCGUGUCUUUGCCAGGUGAGGCAGGAACAGGAAGUGAAGCCUAAAGCCUGGGUUGCCUACACAGGCACUGACCCCGUGACCCCAUCAUGCCCGUGCCACUGCUCCCGCUGCUGCUGCGAGUGCUGCUGUCCCGCCUGCUGCUGCCUGCUGCCCGCCUGGCCCGCCAGUACCUCCUGCCCCUGCUGCGCCGAUUGGCCCGCCGCCUGGGCUCCCAGGACAUGCGAGAGGCUUUGCUGGGCUGUCUGCUGUUCAUUCUCAGCCAGCGACACCGGCCGGACGCUGGGGAGGCCUCCAGAGUGGACCGCCUGGAGAGGAAGGAGAGGUUAGGCUCCCCAAAGUGAGCCCAUGAGUCCUGGCAGCAGCUGUAUCCAUCAAAAUGCUUUCUUCUGGAGCAGGACAGUCCUGGCGCCAGCACUGACCUCAGCCUGCCCAGCGGGCAGAAGAUAUAGUGGGGGCUGUGCAUGAGAGGGGACUGACCCAGAAUGCCUCCCUGCUCCCAGCAGAAAUGUCUUUCUGGAAGGAUGCCAAGCACCUAGCAGAAAACUGAUCAUUGCUUCUCCCUCCUCCCCCCAGACCUCUCCUAAUCACCUCUGGCCUCAGGGGGGAGGGGAGCUGACCUCCCCCUAACCCCUGCAAAUGGGGACAUCAAGGUCCAGUGAGGGACGAUGCUUAACCUAGGGACAAGUGACAAUUUAGCUGAGAGAUGAGAAUUGAAUCCAGAGACUGUCUUCCAGACUCAGGACCUAUCUUAAAACAAGACCUUGUUUCCGUAUGGAGGCAGACCUGUCCCCAGAGUCCCGCAUUCAGCAAGUGCUCAAUAAAUAUUUGUUAAUUUGA